GUUCGAAAAGAAGCAUUGGAAAGUGAUUCAGCAGUGAUGCAUGCCAACGUUGAAGUAUAUAGGCCAGCAGAAUCUGGUGAAUAUGAAACGACAAUUAUUGAUAGAACGCAAGCAGUUCCAUCAUUACUUGCCAUCUCUGCUUUAGCCAGCAGACUUAAAAUGAUCAGUAUUUACGUAACAUUUACUAAAAAGGAUGACGUUGCACAUCAAGCGAUAAUCAUUGAAUACGAGAGUGUUGUGGAGGAGGAAGCUACGCUGAACCUGACUAUGCUUACAGCACCUCGAUUUUAUUCCAAAGAAGAAGAUGUUUGGUCAUAUAGAAAGAAACACCAAGAAGUAGAUGAUAAUAGGAAGAAUGUUGUGGCGGUUUUUGUGGAAGUUGAAGCUACGUGUCCGGAUCAGACUGUGGAAUUGAUAGCAUCAAUUAAUUUGCCACCAUCAGCUCCUGGAGUCAUAGAUGGAACUCAAUCUGCACAGUCAGUCUUCGAAUCUUCUUCUUUCUCGUGGUCUGAAUCUUCAUCUGCAGGCAUGAUUCAAGCGCCCAGAUUCAUCAAAGCUCUGGAAAAUACUACGGCAGUAACUGGACAAUGUCAUCGGUUCAAAUGCAUUGUUGUUGGCUCGCCAACACCAACAGUUCGAUGGUAUGUCGAUGGCGAUGCAAUUCAUAACUCUGAUGUUUAUCAAACAGUUUAUGAAGAUGGCGUUUGCAUUUUAAUCAUUCGAGAACUUGCGAUUGAAGACGAAGGAGAAUAUUCUUGUGAAGCAAACAAUGAUGCCGGUCGAGCCAUCACAAAAUGCUUUUUACGAAUUAUCACUGAAGCUGAUCUCAAAUGCCAAGAACAAAUUAUAUGUAGCAAUAUACUACACGGCAGCAAACUCAACGCCAAUAACGACAAUUUCGCAUUUUUGGCUGAUAGCAUUAGCUCAGAUUUUGAUGUAAACAGGGUCAUAUGUCAUAAUUCUUUUCCUGAUUGCAGUAGUCUAAGUAAAUCUAGCACUGCUCAUCCAUUGGAACAAACGUUUUGUAGCGCCAGUUUUGAAUUUAUGAGAAAUAAGUUAGUAAAGGCUGAAGCAUUAGGAAUUGUUACAUGUUAUACAUCAACUCAAAAAGGACUACGCAGAAAUCUUGCAUCCUUAGAACAAAAUUCAAAUAUUAGUAUUUGCAUACCAAGUGCAAAAAUGGUCUGUGAAUUUAUUUGGCCUUGCGCAAACUCAGAAGAAUUUAAAUUUGGUAUAAUUUUGCCUACGGAACAGACGACAAAUAUUCUGAUUAAGAUUUCUAAAGCUGCGCAAGCGGAACAAAGUCAGCAUCUAUUAAGUGUGAAAAAAUCACUAUACGAAACGGUUUCACUAGCUAUCUGCCAACCUUGGGAAGAACUUGUAUUAUGGAAAAGACCUGAAAAUGAAUACAUUUCUAACAACGCAUUUGCUUUGAUGCAAGAAAAAGCAUUACAAAUUUCAGCCCAAAUUUUAAUAAGAAAUAAUUGCAAAACUCCCCAUAAAUCGCUAACGAAAAGCUUUGAGCUAAAAAGUGACUGCAUUGUUUGCAAAUCACAGUUUUAUGUGGAUAUUGAAAUUGAAAUUGAAAAGAAAGUUCGACAAAGUAUGGCAACUUUUUCUAUUUUGGUAUGUCCGAUUUUGCGAAUACAACAGAGCAUCAGUACACCAGAAACUGUAACAAAAAAAAGAAAAAAUGAAUGCAGAAGGAGGACAGGAUCGAAUACCUAUUCUUUUCCUCAGAAUUUUACAAAUAAUGGACAAGAAAGCUGUUGCAAUAUCACUCCUAGUAAUGGUAUCAUCGAUGAAGAAACUGAAAUUCAUUCUAAUCCGAGUGCAAUCGUGCAAAGAUGUGUCGAUGAAUUACUUGAUUCUGAAAUACCAUCAUCUGCCUCUUAUGCAGAGCAAGUUUAUAAAGGAAAUGAGAGGGAUGAGCCAAGCAAUAAAACAAUAGGAAAAUUAUUAGGAACGCUUAUCCCUGAAGUCUUUCUAAGUUGUUCCUUUCAUCGCGAAUCUGAGCAUAAUGAAAUGGUUGAAAAUUUGCCCUCGCCUUUACUCUUA